AUGUUCUGUACUAUACUCGGUGAUUUCAAAGUGACUCAUUCGGACACUUCAAGUUCAACCUGGAAACGGCAAAAAUGGGCUUUAAAAAUACUUAACAGGGUUUUCACCCGUUAUGGUAGUCCUGGCUCAGUCAUUAAGCUAUAUCAACCAUUCGCUGACUGGUAUCUUAAAGCCUUCUCAGGGCAAAUAAUAUCAGUACUUCUGAAUAUAUGUGAAGCAUACAGACAAAAAUCAUUCGUUUCCAAGCCUGUGCUUAGUCAAACACUGGACUAUUUUUCUUCGGCACUGGCUAACUCAUUUUCAUGGAAAUUGCUACGGCCACACUUCUCUCUUUUGGUCCGUGAAGUUAUAUUCCCGCUAAUGUCAUAUACUGAAGAAGAUGCAGAAUUAUGGCAAGAAGAUCCAGUGGAAUACAUUCGAGCAGAAGCUGGUGAUUGGGGAUCAGUAUCUAGUCCAGCAAGUGCGGCGUCUACGCUUCUAAGUGAAGCAUGUGUUAAACGACGUGGUGUUCUCAAUAACAUAAUGCCGUUCUGCAUUCAUAUAUUAAGUUCCGAGAGUUCUCCUAUUGAGAAGGAUGCUGUUUUGCACAUGUACAUAGCUAUAGCUGAAAUCUUAUUGAAAAAAGCUGCAUACAAGUCUCAAUUAGAAUCAUUUCUUGUAGGUCAUGUCCUUCCGACUUUGCAUGCUCCUGAAGGAUAUCGUCGUGCUAGGGCUUAUAGAUUGCUGGAGAAAUUAUCAGAGGCUAAAUUCAAUGACCAAAAUAUAUUUGCCCAAGUUGUUGAUGAAGUGAGAAAAGCUGCAUGUUUUGAUUCGGAAUUGCCAGUUCGUGCGUUUGCUGCACUCUGUCUCUCAGAAUUAGUUCGGUGUCAAGAAGCUGCUCAUCAAUUUGUGGCUCCUCAUCUACGCGAACUUUUGAUACGUUUAUUGGAGCUUCUUCGGCAAACUGAAUUCGACGAUUUAAACAGUGUAAUCGAAAUAUUAAUACAUACAUUUGAAAAAGAAAUAGUUCCAAUCGCUUCUGAAGUUAUGCAAACAUUGUCAGAUACGUUUCAUCAGCUCGUUAUUAAAUCCGAGUAUGAAUUAAAUAGGGAACUAAUCGAGCUUGAGGAUACAGAAGAUCUCUUUGAGUACCGGUCAAUAGUUGCUACAAGUGUUUUAGAUAAUAUGGAGUCUAUUCUGCAAGUUGGUGAAGAUAAUGAAAACCUUGUUGCUCAGCUUGAACCCAUUGUUGUGCAUUUGAUUCAGUCUAUAUUCAACCAUAAAUUAAGUGUGUUCUUUGAUGAAGCUCUCACGUUCAUUUUCUCGCUGACAACUAACAAGAUUUCCCCACUUUUGUGGCAACUUUUCGAUCAACUCUAUCCUGUAUUCAAAAAAGAUGCUUGCGAGUGCUUUUCCGAAAUGAUGCCCUGUCUACAUAAUUACAUAACAGUGGACCGUGAGGCUUUCCUGGCAAAUACUUCACGUAUUGAACAAAUUACUGCUAUGUGUUUAGAGGUGUUCUCAAUGGAUGACCAAGAAAGACUACAAAUGCAUGCUGCAAAAUUACUUGAAGUUAUUUUACUUGAUUAUCGAGGUCAAGUGAAUCAGUAUGUACCAAAAUAUGUUGAGCUAGCACUUACACGUCUUACACGCCCGCUUGUUUCAAGUGAACUUAGAACACUCUGUAUGCAGGUGGUAAUUGCUGGAUUGCUUUACUCACCUAUGGAUAUGCUUCAUAUGAUGAUCGAGCAUCCAUGGCCUGGGACAGAGGUUAACAUUUUGUCCGAAUUCCUUAAACGAUGGAUUGAAGAUGCAGACUGUUUCCUUGGAUUGCAUGAUCGCCGCCUCUGUGUCUUAGGACUUUGUUUGAUUAUUUCUCUUCCGGUUGAUAAACGAACUGAUGCAAUUGUAACAUUCAGUGAAAAGUAUAUACCAUCACUUCUACUGCUAUUUUCUGGACUGAAAAAGGCGUACGCAACAAAAGCUUCCAAUCAAAAUGAGGAUGAUUCGGAUGAAGAAGAAUCUGAAACAGAGGAAGAUUUAGAGGGUAAAGCUUUGGGAAGCGAUGAAGAUGAAGUAGACGAAGAAAGUGUUCGUUAUUUAGAAAUGUUAGAGGCAACUAAAGAUUCAGAUGACGACGACGAUGAUGAUGAAGAUGAGGACGAUGAGGAAGAAGAAACACUCGAGGCGUUCGACACACAGAUGGAUAAGUCUGAAUGUGAUAUGGAUGAAUAUGUAACGUUUUAUCGUGUAAUGACUGAAUUGGAACGAUCUGAUUAUGCAUGGUAUAGUCAGUUGAUCAAUCAUCUUAGUGAAGAACAACAAAAUGAUCUCAAAGGAGUGGUGGAUACUGCUCUAAAAUGUAUCCAACAAAAAGAGUCUAAAAUUAUUGAACAAGCUGGAGGAUAUACUUUUUCACCAACUAUCCCUAGUAGCUUUGAUUUCGGUUCACCCAAUGGACAACUUAAAUAA